CCAAGUUCGACACCCCGCCUCCGACUACAGUUUUUCGGCGCUUCAAUGUAAAACUAAUGCUGUUUUUUUAUGUAUUAACUAAACUACUAUCGAUGCAAUAUUCAAUGUUUCCGUAUACUUAAUCUGAUCGCUUUAUACGUAUUACUGUAAAUAAGUAAUUAUAACACAUUUUAGUGGGUACCAUAUUAGGAAGAUAUAAACAUGCAAACAUAAAGCAAACUUUACUAAUGUAUAAAUGAAUGUUACCCCAGUAACACUCCAUGUGGAAACGGGGACCUUCCACUUCCUGCCACGUAACAGCGCAUGCGCAUCAGAUGACCACUCAUUUGACGACGUGUACCCGGUGAGUACAAGUAGUCGGGUACUUUCCCGUUCCCUGGAUUCAGUCCGCAGUUAAACCUUAUUAAAAAAACAAACCGCUUCAAGACAUCGGCACAAUGGGAGGCACACAGAGCGUGGAGAUACCGGGAGGCGGCUCAGAAGGCUACCACGUUCUCCGGGUUCAGGAGAACUCACCAGGCCACCGAGCAGGACUGGAACCUUUCUUUGACUUCAUCGUUUCCAUCAAUAACACCCGACUGAACAAGGAUAACGACACCCUAAAGGACCUCCUCAAAGCCAGCGUAGAGAAACCAGUCAAGAUGCUGGUUUACUCCUCAAAGACACUGGAGCUGCGGGAAUCCACAGUCACCCCCAGUAACCUGUGGGGGGGCCAAGGCUUGCUUGGGGUUUCCAUUCGCUUCUGCAGCUUUGAAGGCGCCAAUGAGAAUGUUUGGCACGUUCUGGAAGUGGAGCCCAAUUCCCCUGCAGCUAUUGCAGGUUUGAGGCCACACACCGACUACGUUAUCGGAGCUGACACUGUUAUGAACGAGUCUGAGGAUUUGUUCUCGCUGAUAGAGAGCCAUGAGGGGAAGGGCCUGAAGCUUUAUGUGUACAACACAGACACCGACAACUGCAGAGAGGUGGUCAUCACGCCCAAUAGUGCCUGGGGAGGAGAGGGGAGCCUUGGAUGCGGGAUUGGCUACGGAUACCUCCACAGGAUCCCCACGCGACCUUUCGAGGAAGGGAAGAAGAUCAGCUUUCCCGGGAAUGCGUCUGGCGUGCCUGUCAGUCCGUUGAAGGAUGGAUUCACCGAGGUCCAGCUGUCGGCCGUGACCCCGCCCCAUAUUGCACCCACAGUCCCUGCUGGCCUUGAGGACUCGUUGUCUAGUCUGUCAAUCAGCACUGCCCCGCCCACUAUGCCAAGUGAGCUGCAAACAGGUUUGCCCACAGUCCCUCUGCUCCCUGCCUCCUCCAGUCCAUCCCUGAGCCCCCUUGCUCCCCUCAAUCCUGCCACCGCCAGCUUCAAUCCCGCCACCACGCUACCAGGCUUGAUGCCCCUCCCAGGUGGCUUACCUCCGCUACCCAACCUCCCCAAUCUGAACCUGCCACUCCCAGACCUCGGUACCAUCUCACUAGCAGGGAGCAGCAGCUUAGCGGCGGGUGGAAGCACAGCAGUUCCUCCCUUGGUCGCUCCGUUGAACCUACACGGCCUCGCCCCGCUGCCUCCUCUGCCCACCAUGCUGCCCUCGCAGCUGACUCCCCUCCUGCCUCAGGGUGUGGCCCCCAUUCUGCCGCCCACAUCCACGUCCACCGCCGCUGCCCCCUCCCCGGCCUCGGUCACAGUGACACCUGCCACAGAGCCUGUCGCAGAGGCCACAAAGGUCACGGAACUGCAGCCUCCGACGGAAACACUAACAAUGUCCUCCUAACUUUGGAAAAUGUAUAUCUCGCUUAACCAUGGAAGCAAAACACACACCCGGUUUCUCUAUCCUCUUCUGUGUCUUGUCUUUGUUUUUUUCUAUUUAUUUGGCCAAGGGGGGGGGGGCAUUGUACCCAGUCAGAGGUUCCGAAUGUGUAUAAGGGGAUGUCUGGUUAAAGGAAUGUACUACUCUUCCGUUACAUAUUCAAACUGAAUUAGUCAUAUGAUCAUUUUUAUAUAUAAUCAAACAUGACAUUUAGGUAAUACUUUGGAACUUAUGGCCACAUUCUCAGAAAGCUAAGGACCGACUUUUAGGCUCCAUCCUUCCGUCUUACUUUACAUAUAAUGUCACUGUAAGGGUACUGCUACACCUUCAUAUUAUACCUCACUAAAUGCUAGUAAAGUCAUGAAACCCUAAAUUAAAAAGAAUUACUAUGUUAACGCUAUAGUCAAAAGUUCUUCUAUAAUUCUGAAGCUACUUCAGAAACACAAGUCAAAGAUUCUUGGUGCUCCUCUUUUUUUUUUUUUUUUUAACGAGCCUAUGUCCAAAGUUGCCAUCCCUUUGCACGGUUCUAAACUUUGGUCCAUUCACUGUCAAUCAAGCCUUCCAUUGCUGCCAUGUAUUUUAUCCAGUUAGUUGACCUCCAGACCCGUUUAUUCAUUUCUUCCUACUAUAUUUUGCACCACCUUUUCAUUUUUUGACAUAUGAUUGUCUCCUUUUGUAUGACUUUGUUAUGGCUUUCCCUACACAACAUGAAACUGGGGGGGGGGGUUACAAUCAACUACCGGGGGUUGUAAUAUCCAUGAAGAGUCAAGAUGUCACUGUAAACGUGAAACUUUAAACAUCUCAAGUAU